UUUUUUCAGUAAAACAAUCUUGUAUAUAAGUUGACAGUGGAACGCCGUGUGUCGGACUAUGUGGACGUUUACUUUCUACCGUCAAGUAUUUCUUGAUCAGACCUAACACACAUCCAGGUCAGUAGUUGACUCUAGUUGUAAAUGUGGGGACUGUUGGGUUUGAUGACACAGCUCAUGACGUAUCUACUAUCCAAGUUUCAGGUGCAGCUGGAACUCUUCUGCCGGUUAAGGUGCAGAAGAUGGUUGUAAGAUCUGCAAGAGAAGUCAGAUGUCUGAUUCUACUUUAGCCUAUGGUGCUUAAAGAUUCCAUACCUCUCCUCUGAUUGUAUGAACUCAUCACACGUCUGAACUUUGAACACCGAUGACUCACACAAUGAAGUCAUGUCCUGGCCUGAAUGGUCCCGUCAGAUCGUCCCCCAUAUCAGAUCCACAUCUUGUUCAGAUGAAGAAGACAUCAGUGACAUAUUUGCUAGCAAUCUUCCUUGGGUUGUUCGGAGUCCAUCACUUCUACCUUGGAAGGCCCAAAUUUGGUAGACUGUAUCUGUGUACCGCCGGGCUGCUGGGGCUGGGCUAUGUGGUGGAUCUCAUUCGUGUUCCUUGGCUGGUCGAAAACGCCAAUCUUGAAAUUCGGCAUCCAGAGCGACGAGGGAUGAAAUAUCUCGGAGAUGCUUAUCUGCUUUGGUUUCCACCUUUUGGCUUACUAGGCUUUCAUCAUUUCUACCUUGGGCAUUUCUACACUGGCGUGUGUUACGCGCUCACGGUGGGAGCUCUGGGCAUCUGCUGGCUUCUCGAUGUCAUCCUGUUACCAGUUUUAUGGAUACGAUGGGUCAACGAACUCAACGGUCACUGCGCUGAGAUGGAACGCUGGUGUAAGAACUUACCUGAAGACACCACAGAAGCUGGUCUGUCCACGCCGCCAGUGAUGACAGCACCACCUCCCUAUACGUAUCUUCUGGAGCCAUGUUCAGAUACCACCAGUCCGCCGUCGUAUGACGAGGUGAUGCUGGCGGACGCUACUGAGAAGAACGAGGAACCGUAUCUAGCCACAUAGAUCACUGUUUCUUACUGUCCUUGUGGGAAAUGACCAUCCUUGGUAACAAGAUGAGUCUGCCAUCUCAGUGUGGGUCCCAGACAACUGUUCUGUGAUAUUGCCGAGUAUAAAUGUCCCAUUACCAGUGAUACAGUAGUGUCAGUGUGUAGUUGAAUGGCACGUGUUAUGUUUCUGUGUCCGGUCACUGGUCAGUUGGUCUUCAUAUCAGCAGACAGUCACCAUUCACUCACGAAUAUAUCGGCACACUAAACGGUUCUGUUGUUCCGGGUUGGCAACAUCAUAUAAAUUCGAGUUCAUCAAGUGAACCUUGUACUGAAUAAAAUAGACAUGGUAUUUUAUGACUGCUUCGAUAUUUCA